AUGGCGGAAAGAGAUACUCCAAGUAGGAAUACUCGAGGUAGUCCUCAUGCUUAUGAUGGUCCUAGUUUCUCUUUGGGAUUUUCACAACAACAACUUCCAAUUGCAGGAGAAUUUGCUAAAAUUGCUGCUGAGAGAAGAAGCAAGAAGAUUCAUGACCCAUCAAGGAUGCGUCAACUUCCUCCAACUGAAGUUCCAAAACGGAGCAAGCCAAAAGAUGAUGUACCAGAUCCUAAAUUCUAUGUUAGGAGUCAUCCUGAAGAGGCUCCAUCGAUGCAACGGUACACUAAUAUCGAGGUGUUCAAAGAUAUCAAGAGUAAGCUAACUGUUGCACAGUUAGAGAUCUUUUCCAAGACAAUAUUUGGGAAAUUCCUCGGAAUGCAGCACCUGGAGGUUCAAGCACAAAUUUUUAGGUGCUUCAUGGUAAGAGAGCUCAAGGAGAGCACUUCUGAUUGCUUUACAAUUGAUAUAAAUGGUACCGUAUUGAGAUUUAGCAUGAGAGAAUUUGCCCUUAUGAGCGGGCUAAAUUGUGUAGCCGAUGAAGGUGAAUUUACAUACGAUGAGGAAAAAUCGAAUAGGAUUAUGGAUGAUUAUUUUGGUGGAACUAGGAGUAAAGUAAAAAGAUUGGAGUUCAUUGAUUGCUUUAAGAAUAAGUGUUGGGGAGAUAAUGAUGAGGACGCUGUUAAGUUUGCAAUUUUGUUUUUUAUAAAUACAUACAUCUUUUGCGGUGAGCCUAGGAAAAUGAAUAUACCAAGGGUUCAUUUUGAAGUGGUUGAGGAUGGAAGGUAUGUAGAUUAUCCAUGGGGCAAAGAAGCUUUUAACGAGUUGAUUAGAAGCAUCAGCAAGAAGUAUUCUGCCACAACACAGUAUUAUGGGAUCCAUGGGAUGCCACUGGCUAUGCAAGUUUGGCUUUAUGAGUGUUGUUCAAGAGUUCCAUCGUAUCUCGCUAUUAAAUCCGGAAAUUCCAUUCCAAGAAUGUUGAAUUGGAGGUCCAUCGACAGUCAGCCCAAAUAUAAUAUUUUGAUGGAAGGCAUUUUUAGAGACGGCAAACAGUCGAGCUAUACAUUUGCAAAUACAAUCCCCACUAGCAGUGAGUUGGAGAGCCUCCAAUUGCCCGAUGUUGUCUGUCGAGAUACAGUAGACAAAAAUGACUUAGUUGAUGCCAAUGAAGGUACCCAAGUCACAGAUAUGCCAGUGGAUGACUUUGAUGAUUUCAGUACUACUCCCCCCCACCUUUCUAAGGGCAAACAACAACAACGGACGAAUCAGACAGAUUCUCCACCUUCAAAGAGACGCAGACAACUUCAUACAACAGCUUCCACAUCUAAGAAACAACAAAUCCACACCGAACCACAGACAACUGUGAAGAAGAAUCACAAGGAUCAAAAGGUUGCUCAAAAACCUAUUUUACAGAAGUCUGCUUCACCAAAGUUGAAUGAACAAAUGAAUAGACCCCAAAACACCACAGUCCUACGUGAUGUCCCUACUAGUUCCAUGAAAGAGGAAAUGCAAUUGCUAAGGAAAGAUUUUCAAGUUUUCAAGGAAUCAGUCGUUGGUGAGUUCACAAGUGAGUUGUCCAAGCUUCGAACUUUCAUGGAUGACCACUUCAAGAAGCUAUUUGAAGCAAUCAAGGUGAACAAUUCUGCGGACAAGGCUGCAGAUAGUGAGGCGCCGGAGCAUCAAACUGAUGCUGGGCUACAGUUAACGCCUGAAGAAAACUUACGACAUGAUUCUACCAUUCAAACAUCUCCUCCGAAACAUGAUGAUGAGUCAAUUAAGGGUGUUGGACCAAAGUUACAUGAGGAAGUUCCGGAAAUUGUAGUAACCGCCGAUAAUUUAAGAGCAGAUACACGUAAAGCUUCAUCUGAAGAGAUUAAUCGGGCGGACGAAGGAUCUUUCAAUUCAACAGAGGGAAUGGUCGCAGAGAUGCUCAUUGAGUUGCCUCUAGAAACUCGUGUACCAGAAGCAGGUGCGGGAAUACAACCCGGGGACAUCACUGAUCAUUCAAUUUUAGAGACUCCACACAGGUUCGAUGAGAACAUUACUAAGUCACAAUGGUUGAUCCCUGACGAAAUGUUACCAAGCCAAAUAGGUUCGUCAGGAUUAUCUGUGUUUCAUCAAACUGGUCACAAAGGAUUUGUUAUACCAGUAAUGUCUGCUGAUAAAGGAAUACAACAGCCAGUCAUUAAUGCGGAAGUUGUAAUUGCUCAACCAGAUGUUACUCCAACUAGGAUAGUCAAACCUAGUAAAUACUUCAGUUCACCUUACAUGACCAAUUACGGCUCUGCAGAAGCUUCUGUUCAAGACCCCACACCUUCCAUAUUUGAAAAGAAGCAUCCAUUUGUUGAAGAUACAAUUAAUGGCCCGCGAAAUACUUCGCUUAUUCAACAAUACCGGAAUUGGCUUGAACAGGAUCUACUUCUAAGGCAUGAUAAAAAAAAGGGUAAGGAAAGCCGUUACAAAAAGAAUAAGCAAGCUUUGGAUCCAGAUGACAUCAAUUUUGGCUUCAAUUUUGGUGUGUUACAUGUUGACGACAAAAACUGGUUCUAUCUCUUAUCGAUGAAUGGACAGUCUUGGAAUGAUGAGCAUAUUGAUGUCAUUUUUUACUACUUGCGGAAGAAAGGCAAGUACGACAAGGAUAACAGAUUCAAAUUCACAACUGUUGAUUGUAUGUUCUUCUCCAAAAUUGAUGAAAUUCAUCGUGCAUAUGCUAAUCCGGAGGGGAACAGUAGUGUUGCCAGUUCGGAGAACGAAAUAUGCGAGUACAUUAACGGGCAUAGGAUGCUGGCUAAUGUGCCAUGGCAUACAGUUGAUUGUGUUCUCAUCCCUGUCAACAUCAAAGAGGAAAAUCACUGGAUCUUGAUUAUAGUGCCAUUCACUGACAGGCGUCUGUACAUCUACAACUCAUACCGAGCUGCUGGUCAUGAUGCUGUUGUUAGAAGAGAAAUACACAAGAUAGCUACCCUAUUGCCACAUCAUCUACAUUUGUCUCGAUUUUAUGAGAAAAAAAAAGGCAUCGAUUGGAUUAACCACCCAUCAUACAAGGGCAAACAACAGACUGAUGACUUUCAUGUCAUGUAUGUGAACGACCUGCCACAACAAGCCUCUGGCAGCAUGGAUUGUGGUGUGUAUGUUGCCGCAUUUGCUGAAUACUUUUGUUCUGGACGAGGCGUUCCAUCUGAAAUUGAUGCAGAAACCUACGUAAUAGAUACGGGGCAUUACUAUGGGAAUACGGAUGGCAAAAGGAUGAUUUGA